AUGUCGCCCACUCCCGACGAACGGCUCAUCUCAAUCGAAGCCCAGGCCCGCUCAUUAGCGCCGGAAGGACCUCUCGUCCCCUUACUAGCUCCUAAAGCCUCCUAUCCAACUCGCAUCUCACGCGACGUGGCACUGCAUGACUCGUCGAGGCACUACCCGUUCGGAGCUGAUAAGCACACAGCUUGGAGAGUCGACACUUUCGUAGUCUCGGCUGCUUUUCCAAGGUCGUUCAAGAACAGCGCUGCUACGCUUAGUACGUCGCCGGCGUCGAGCCCGAACGCGCUGAAUGAGGAUCCACCGACGAACUCGACCGAACCGACCAAAGGCCGAACUGAACCGCUCAAGACUCAAUUCAGCAUCCACGAGGCGUACAUACAGAUUUGUGCCGAUCAGCUCGAAGCGUUGAAACAAGGCAAAGUUUCGGUCGACGAUGAACAAGAGCUUUGCAAUCAAGCGCAAUUGUUCAUCGCGGUGAAUCGCUAUGUGAACACGGCGGUUAGACCCUCCAAGGAUAAGCCUCUCUUGACGCUGAUUUUCGCUCACCCUAAUGGAUUGCACAAAGGUGAGUGGUUCAGACGUUGUCUUUGGCAGCCGGUGUGUCACUCAUCUAGGUCGUCGAUGAGCAGAAACGUGGGAACCGGCUAUUUCGGACGUGCUGGAUGCGUGGGACUCGGCGACGCCGAUCGGCGAAGUGUGGUGUUUGGACGCCUUCAAUCAGGGCGAUUCUGCGUGUUUGAACCAAGGAAGACUCGGUAAAACAUGUAUGUACCGGAAACUCACCUACGCCCAUCGGAUAGAUGCUCAGUGCAUCUCCUUUCUCCAGUCGACUGGUCCGACCACGGCCGCGAUAUUGCCAACUUUCUGAUCUCGUAUCUACCCGACGCCUUAGCACCCUCCUUGUCCCCACCGCACCUCCCCUUCAUCCACACACCCGAAACGACCCUUCUCCAAGCCCUCGAUACGGUCCCGCUGAUCCCGGGCCAUCCCCUCCCCUCACACCGAAUCUUCCGCAACCGGCUCAUCGUCGGGAUCGGUCACUCCCUAGGUGGAGCCGGAAUGGCCUACGCAGCAACAGCCCAGCCCUCCUUGUUCUGCUCUCUCGUAUUAUUUGAACCCAUUCUUCCUCCGCCAGGAGCAGUUUGUUCCUGCGAAGGCUUGACGAAGGGCGCUCUUGGGAGGAGAGAAAUAUGGGAUUCCAAGAGAGGGAUGAAGGAGGGAUUGUUAAAGAAGGAUUUCUUCAGAAAGUGGGAUGAGAGGUGUUUGGAGCUGUACGUUGAGUUUGGGAGCAAGUAUCUUCCCGACGGAGAUGUGGGUUUGAAAUGUCGGGCCCAGGAUGAAGCGGUACGUUCUGAACUCCUCGCCUCCCUCUCUCGGAAGGACGUUCACGCGCUCACACUGUCUCUGGCCCACCCUCCCCAGCUGGUCUUCUGCGACGUCCAAGGCCUAACCGUCUGCCGCGGAUCCCUUCGCCUCCCUUCAAUACCUCCAACCCUUCCUAUCCAUCUCAUCAUCGCCGAAAAUUCGAUCUUUCCACUGGGUUCGGAACUUACGAAGCUCCUGAACCUCAUCCCGUGGGCGACGCACGAGACCUUUGAGGGUGCGGGUCAUUUGCUCGUUCAGGAACGUCCGAAGGAUACUGCGGAGGCUAUCGUACGUCAAUUGGAGAGGCUUUAUGAGGUAGCUCAAGGGGAUGAGGUCGAGAGUUUUUUUGUCCGUAAGGCAAAGUUAUAG